AUGAUAGCUUGCAUAGCGUCAAGGAUCACACUGGUGUGUUUGGGAGCAGCAGGGGUGAAGGCGGUGGUGGCGAAAAGUGACGCGAUGAUCUUUUUUAGUAACUCGGUGGUGACUGGGGAGAUUUAUCCGUUGGAUUCAGAGGUAAGGGUUUGUAAUGAGUCUAGGACGGGGGAUGUCGAGACAGUGGAGUUGAGGGAAGGGCAUCGUGUUUUGGUUAAUUAUACGACGGAGAGAGAGUAUAAGCUUAAGACUACUGAUGAUGUUGGGCCUAUGAUUGAUGCGUGGGAUUUUUGCUUAUGCCAGGAAAGCUUGGAUGAUUUCGUAUGCAUCUGCUUGAUUUCGAUGUCAGGUAUGAGUGAUGGAACUUAA